AUAACGCUGAAGUUGUUGGACCAAAACAUCGAUCCAGGUCUGCGACAAGACCACGUGGUGAAAAUUCGUCCGAACCCCAUACCCAGCAACAAUGCCUAUCUCAAACGACCGUCUAGUGAGCGCAAUCAGUGCUUUGGCUCGCCCCGGUUUCUAGAAUUGGACUAUCUGCAUUCAAAAGACUUCGUGGUGGACAACACACUCUUCAUCAAGGCCAUCUUCGACAUUGAUGGGUAG